GAAUUCUUACCAAAGACUUAGCGGCAGAACAGACCAAAGAGCUGCUUGGUUUGGACUCUUUCUUCUUUUUCUUCUUCUUCUUCAUUUUUCCCGUCAUAAAUGCUCUGAUAACAUCUCUACUACUAUUUUCCAUUCGGUUCCUUUUUCCUAUUCAAUUCUCUCCUCUGUCUGGUUUAUCACAUUAUUCAUCUAUCUACUUCCGUUUAAUUAAACCCCCAUCAAAUCUGCUGAAACCCGGAAUCUAGUGGCCGCCCUUUUGUUCUCCUGGAUCGGUGUUUUUUGUUGCCGGAUCGUAUUUGCAGAACCCCUUUUAAAUUUAUCCCAACAAAAUUGAUUCUUGCUGAAGCAGUGGUACCGACAGUUUUUGUGAAGUGCUUACAAUGGCACCUAGUACAAUCAGGAAGGCCAUUGGGGCCGUGAAGGAUCAGACUAGCAUAAGUUUGGCUAAGGUGGCCAGCAACCUUGCUCCGGACCUUGAAGUCUUAAUUGUCAAGGCAACAUCUCAUGAUGAUGAGCCGGCUGAUGAGAAAUAUGUUAGGGAGAUACUGAAUUUGAUGCAGUACUCCAGAGGUUAUGUCAAUGCGUCUGUUUAUGCUAUUUCAAAGAGGCUGAGUAAAACCCGCGAUUGGAUUGUUGCUUUGAAGGCCUUAAUGCUUGUCCACAGGCUGUUGAAUGAUGGGGAUGUGGUUUUUGCUCAAGAAAUCACCUAUGCUAGCCGAAAAGGGACCCGCGUUUUGAAUAUGUCAGACUUCCGUGACGAGGCACAUUCCAAUUCCUGGGAUCACUCAGGGUUUGUGAGAACCUACGCCCUGUAUUUGGAUCAGAAACUUGAGUUUCUGGUGUAUGAGAGGAAAUUGAAUGGCGGCGAGGAGAAGAGGAGGUAUGAUGAUGGCUAUGGAGAGUUUCGUGAUGAACCUAAUUAUGGAAUGCAAAGAAGGUCACGAUCUUACGAUGAUUUCUAUGGGGAAUCACAGGGGCGAGGGGGGGAUUCUCAAGGGCGAGCGGAGAACAGUGCUGUCACCCCAGUUAGGGAGAUGAAGCCUGAUAAGGUUCUGGAGAGAUUGAACCAGUUGCUACGUCUUCUUGAUCGAUUUCUGGCAUGCAAGCCAACUGGAGUUGCCAAGAAUAGUAGGAUGGUGCUUGUAGCGUUUUACCUUGUAGUGAGAGAGAGUUUUAGGCUCUAUGCGGAUAUAUGUGAGGUUUUGGGAGUUGUGCUGGAUCAAUUUAGUGACAUGGAAUAUGCUGAUUGUGUUAAAGCUUUUGAUGCAUAUGUUAAUGCAGCAAAGAUGAUUGACGAGGUUGUGGCUGUUUAUAAUUGGUCCAAAGAUACAGGGGUGGCAAGGUCGUCAGAGUACCCAGAAGUACAGAGGAUCACCGAUAAGCUUCUGGGGUCACUUGAGGAAUCUCUAAGGGACAAGGCAAAUCGACCAAAAGCAGUAGAGAAAAGCAAAGAGGAGAGUUCAUCAGAGGUAAAAGAGGAGGAAAUACCAGAUAUGAAUGAAAUCAAAGCGCUACCUCCACCUGAAAACUACACACCACCUCCACCCCCACCACCACAGCCUCAAACCCCGCCCCAGCCUAAGCCUCAAACUCAGAAGGUUACAGAGGACUUGGUAAAUCUGAGAGAUGAAGGUGUCUCGGCCGAUGAGCAGGGAAACAAAUUGGCACUGGCACUGUUUUCUGGGGCUCCUACGGUGAAAACUGAUGGCUCAUGGGAAGCAUUUCCAUCAGAGGGUGAUUCAGGGAUAACUUCAGCAUGGCAAACACCAGCAGCUGAAACCGGUGCUGCAAACUGGGAAUUAGCUCUGGCCGAAACUGCCAGUAAUCUGUCGAAACAAAAGGCUGAUUUAGCUGGUGGUUUUGACUCACUGUUAUUGAACGGUAUGUAUGAUCAAGGGGCUGUGAGGCAGCAUGUAAGCACUAAUCAGUUGAGUGGUGGGAGUGCUAGCAGUGUGGCGUUACCCGGCAUGGGCAAAGGUGCGACACCAGUUUUAGCGUUGCCUGCCCCUGAUGGAACGGUUGUUCCAGUGGGGAACCAGGAUCCCUUUGCAGCAUCUCUAUAUGUUCCACCGCCCUCAUAUGUUCAGAUAGCUGAUAUGGAGAAGAAACAGCAAUUGCUUACACAGGAGCAGCAGAUCUGGCAGCAGUACGCCAACAAUGGAAUGCAAGGCCAGGUUGGUUUGACCAAGAUUGCAGCUGGCACUGCGGGUUAUUAUGGAGGGGGUAUGCAACCUAUGAUGCCAUAUGGAAUGCCUCAGGCCAACGGCAUGGGACAGCCAGGUGGAUAUUACUAUACUCCUCUUUGAAUAUGAGAACGAAUCACUCCUGAAAAACCAAUUAAGAGAUAUUUUUGAACUGGAACUUCCUUACCAUCUGUAACCUUGUAAGCCUAAUAUGUUGAGAGCGGGCAUAUUUCCUAGUUUAGUAAACUAUAUGAGUGAGGGCGUUAUGUCCUUGUAUACAGGAUGUUUUGCAAGGAUCUGUAAUACAAAUUCGCCAGAAUGGAUAUAAAUUGCAGCUUAUAUCUGGCUGCAUACUCAUUUUUUACAUGGGUAUGGUUCAUUCCAGUAUAUUACAGUUAAACGUAGAGGGAAGAGAGCGAAUGUUGCCUCUUAAAAUUUGAUAUAGUUUUCAUUGUCCUUGGCCCUUGGGUCCUUGCCCCUUGGGUCGUUAUCUGCAUCAAGCUCAAUAACUCAGGUAUUAAGGUAGUGAAAACGUGCUUGCCUCUUGAUUAGUAACUGUCUAGCGGGAUCUCUUGCAUACCACUACCAAUUGAA